GAAAAAGACAGAGGUGGACCUGCAGCGCAGUAGAAAGAGAGACAGACGGGAGAGAAGCAGCAGAGAUUAAAAACAGCCAGUCGCACUCAUACAGACACACACAGACAGGCAGGUAGGGAGAGGACCUGAAACCUACCAGACACACACACACACACACUCUUUAAACUCUCUCUCUCUCACACACACACUCGGCAGCAGCAGCAUGUUCCUCCGGAGGCUCCCCCAGGCCGCGUGCGUGCUGUCAGCGUGCGUGUGCCUGAUCCUCGCCUAUGAGGAUGACGUGGAGGUCAACUACGCUGAUAACUACAACUACAACGAAAUCCCGGACGUGGAGAACCCAGAACCCACACCGAGUCAAGCCCCCUGCGUUUCUCGAGACCUGACCAGAUGGGACAAACUCUUCUCUAUGCUGGAAAACAGCCAGAUGAGGGAGAACAUGCUGCUUCAGUAUGCAGAUGACAUCAUCAAGGUGGAGAUGGCUUCACUGCGUGCAGAAAUUCUUAGGUUCGUAGUCCAGUUCGGCGGCUCCUGUGGGGCCGCAAUGGAGACAGCAGGGAGAAGGAUGGCGUCGCUGUUAGAGGGCCGCCUCAAAGAAACCAUGGAGCGCCUCAAACCCCGCGACUCGGCCUCAGCUGCCGCUGCUGCUGCUGCUGGGAAUCCUGUCCGGGGUUUUAACCAGCUGGAGGCCAAGCUACAGCAGCUUCUCGCCGCAGCACAAGCGCAAACCUCCCGACUCACCAAGCUGGAGAACAGCUGCCUUAGCCGCACAGCGGCGGGGAUGGGGUUGAAUACAAAGCCGGGAGCCAAGCUCCCAGAGGAGCAAGAGGUCACACCACAAGAGGCGGCUUUAGACGGGGUGCUGGCUGCGAUGCAAAAGACGAGGGUGGAACUGGAGGAGGUGCUGAGGUCAUCGAUGCAAAGAUUACUACCCGCAGGUUGUGAGACGGCCCUCCUCUUUCCCAUGCGCUCCCGUCGAAUCUACGCCUCCGUCAUACCCGACGCCCCUCUCUCCCUCUCCUCCUUCACCGUCUGCAUGUGGGUAAAGCCGACCGCCGCGUCCAACAGAACCGUGCUGUUCUCCUACGGGAACCGCCGCAACCCCUUUGAAAUCCAGCUGCUGCUGGGCCACACCUCCGCGCACUUCACCGUCGGAGGAGAGGCUCACCUGGUGGAGGCCCCCGGGGUGGUGGCGGCGAGUCCCGGAGGCGCACCCGAGUGGGUCCACCUGUGCGGGGCCUGGUCGUCCAGGCAGGGACUGGCGUCCGUGUGGGCAGCCGGCAAAAAGGUGGCCUCCUCCCCCGGGGUGGCGGAGGGACACGUCUUACCCGACGGAGGCUCCCUCCAGCUGGGACAGGAAAGAGGGGGCGGGGUCACGGGGCUCGAGGGAGGGUUCGACCCGAAGAUGGCGUUUGCCGGGAAGAUGACGGGGGUGAACAUGUGGGACAGGGCGCUGUCCGAGGAAGAGAUUUCCCAGCUGGCUUUGCGGGAGGGUCACGGCUCCAACCCAAGGGGGAACGUGGUGGCGUGGGGGGUGACGGAGAUGGUGCCACACGGAGGCGCUCAGUUCAUCAACUGACAGGUGGCGUAACUCUUCAUCGUGAUCUUCCUCAUCAUUGCGAACAUCAGCAAUCGUAAUAAGCUUUCGUGAUGAAACUGAAGAGAGCAACUUACAAAAUGCCUUUACCAUCUUGGUCCCUAAAUUUAAAAGUUUGACUUAUCAUGUGAUUUUUGUCAUCAUCAUCUCCAUCACUAUUAUUGCUGCAAUGAAUUUUACUGGAAAUGUUCGAAUGAGUGAAAGACAAUGCUGCGAGAGACUGAAAUGUAUUUUUGAACCAAGGUCAUAAUACAACAAUUAUUGACUGAUUGACUGUCAUCCGUCCCAAUUACAGUCGAAAGGAGAGGUUCACACAAUUGUGUUAAUGAUAUGUUGUCAUGGGCAGUGCAGCAUUUAAUACAGGUCUAUUUGCUGGACAACCAACAACUGCAGAAACAGCUUCAGACAACAUCGUUUUAGAAACUUUACUUCAAAAUGUUCUUGAAUUUCUGAAUGCUUUUAAAUCAUUUUCAAGAUCUUACAUUCCCAAACGUAUACUCAUCAAAGUGUUUACAUUCAUAUGUUAUUGUUAGUUUAUUUUGUGAGUUAACUUUAGAGUUAUAUUUGUGUGUUUUUUUUAAACUAGAUAAUGUAAUGAGUAAAACCAUUAGAUUUGUAACCUGAUUGACAUUUUUUUUUGUCAUUGUUAAAAGAAAAUGAGGGCAAUGUUUACAGACUAAUUGUUUUAUGAAAUAGCUUGUGUUAUAAUGUAAAUUGCUUUUACAGUUCUUGUGAAAAGGUGAAAAUGAAUGUAUUUUGCACAUAAAUAUAUUUUGUAUAACAUGACUGUGUGAAUGGAGAGUGAGGUAUGAAUAAACAUCUCAUGUUAUAAUAUAUUCUCUUUCAGUGUCA